CGCAGAUUUCAGAGACCGAAACCCCUCGAUUUGUCCAUUUGUCCAAGUUCUCGUGUCCCUGCCAUGGGCGUGGCCGGCCUCAAGCUUGCGUCAUGGUUCCUUUGCACCGUGAUGGUUGAUGCGUUCAAACUCUUGGACGUGGGACCGCCCCGAACAGGGACGCAGACCAUGCACGAAGUCAUGAAGAUACUGGGUUUGAAGCCGUUGCACACUGGGUAUGAGGCAGAAUCGGUGCGUCCUGCAUUGUGUGGGUAUCUCUUUGGAAAUGGUUCCUUGGAUGAUGCUUUGGCGGUCUUUGGUGGUUAUGAUGCCGCCAUGGAUGAACCGGUGAUGCUAAUGUACGAGGAGAUAAUGGCAGCAUUUCCUGAAGCAAAGUUUCUGCUCACCAUCUCUGAUGCAGAGAGAUGGUUCGAAAACUAUGUGGAACUUUCAAGGGAGCUCAGAGCUACUGGUACUAUUUCGUCAAAGGCAUUUUUCACAGUCUGCCUAGAAACUGCUCACAAAUGCAAUCCUGGGGCUGCAAUUUUGCCAAUCUCAGUCCAGAAGACAAGGACACUUGCUUGA